UACCACGUGUUUGACAGUGACAGACGUCAGAUAGCAUAUUUUUGUAUUUUGUUUUGUGUUAUAUAGUGUUUAUCAGUAAUCCUUAUCGUUCGACAAUACAAAGAACGCAUAAAAUCGAAAUUCUUGUCGAUACGCGAUGUAUAUUCCACCAAAAAAUUACGAAAUCUCGCACCUGAGUCGUUUCAUUUGACUAACAUGUUCUAAUUUUUUUAACGCUUGUUAAAAAUGUUUGUUAAACCGCAGGAAGUGCUGAUUGCGAAUGCCUUUUGGGAGACAGAGGAUAGUCGGCUAUACUUUGUUUUGCAACACCGAAAGGGGCAUGGCUCCAUUAAGGGGCUGUCCUCGCUUCUUGUGGGGACCAUUGAUACAAUUUUCGAUACUAAACCAGCCCCUUACAGGAUUCUCCAUCAGACACCAUCAUCAGAAGUUUAUUACUUGAUCGCCAGUGCUAUGACAAGGCAGGAAAUCGUUAAAGAUUUGGAAUGGCUUUUGGAAAACGUGUCAGAGACCUUGCAGAAUUUUGAUAAUGAAGAAGACAUCACAAAUUUUGUUUUAUGUAAGAUUGAGUCUAUGAUAGCUACAAGACAUGAGGUGGAAGUAGAAGAUGAAGACACAAGUUCAUUUAAGCUCACAUCAAACAAGUUCCAAAAAUUAUUUAGCUUGCCAAAAGAUGAAAAACUGGUUAAUUAUUAUUCUUGCAGUUAUUGGAAAGGCAAAGUUCCUAGACAAGGAUGGCUUUACAUGUCAAUAAAUUGCUGUUGUUUUCACGCUUUUAUUUUGGGAUUAGACACAAAAGUUUGCAUAAGAUGGUCUGAAGUUACAGAUUUAAACGAAAGAAACAACCUGGUUUUUCCAGAUUCAAUCAAAGUGGCAACGAGGGAAAAAGAAUAUUAUUUUACCAUGUUUGUUAAUAGAAAUGAAACAUACAGGCUUAUGCAGCAAUUAGUAGAUUUAGCUAUGAAAAGAUUAAUUGAUGAUAAGAAAAUGUAUUCAGAGGAUAAGGAAUUGUUGAAUAAAUUAAGUAAAAAUGUCCCAAAAAAACCCUCAUUCCUUAAAAGAGAUUUAGAUGCACGAUCUAGAUCCGAAGCUUACAGAUUAAUGUUCAGGUUGCCAGCUUCAGAAAAGUUAGAUGGUUCAAUAGAUUGUACAUUAAUGACCCCUUACAAUAAAAAACAUGUUGCUGGCAGGCUAUUUUUGUCCCAAAAUUAUAUUUGUUUUGAAAGCCGAGUAAAAGCUCAAGUCAGCUUAGUAGUGCCUUUAAGACACGUUUCAGUGGCUGAAAAAAUAGAAAAUAAUGUUUCCACCACGUCUUUAGACAAGGCAAUAAUAUUAACAGCUUUUAAUGCAAGCUUCAUAUUUGCUCAAAUAGAUGACAGAGAUUUUUUGGUGGACAAAAUAUCGGAAUUACUCUCGAAAUUAUCAGAAAGCUAUGAAAUGAAAAAUUUAAAAAGCUCGGGCGAUAGUAGCGAUGUAAAUCCGACAUGGAAAUGUCAGCCGCCUCUAAUGAAAUGUUUUCCUUUGAGUCCCAUUCCGGAAGUUCACAAAAAACAACGGGACAAAAUUAAACAGUGGGAGGAACAUUUCAACGUUUACGGGCGGGGUGUUUCGAUGUAUAGAACGACAGAGGUCGCUAAACUCGUUCUGGAAGGGGUUCCGGAUGGAUUGAGGAUGGACAUUUGGAUGUCUUUUUCAGGGUCCGCCAACGAGCAAGCGUCGCGCCCCGGCUACUACAAGACGAUGGUGAACCGCGCGCUAAAAACGAAGUCGACCGCGAACGAAGAAAUCGAGCGCGAUCUCCACCGAUCGCUGCCCGAGCACCCCGCGUUCCAAAACGACGUCGGCAUCGACGCGCUACGCAGGGUGCUGUACGCGUACGCGCUGCACAACCCGAGCAUCGGCUACUGCCAGGCGAUGAACAUCGUCGCGUCCGUGCUGCUGAUCUACUGCUCGGAAGAGGAGGCCUUCUGGCUGCUGGCCACGCUGUGCGAGAAUCUGCUGCCCGAUUAUUACAACAACAGAGUGGUCGGCGCCGUGGUCGAUCAGGGAAUUUUGGACGAGCUCACGUUGGAGCAUCUGCCGGCUCUGCACGACAAACUCGAACAACUUGGCAUGAUUAACAUGAUCUCUCUCUCCUGGUUCCUCACGAUCUUCUUGUGCGUGAUGCCGUACGAGAGCGCGGUCAACGUGAUGGACUGCUUCUUCUACGACGGUGCUAAGGUUAUUUUCCAGGUGGCGCUGAUGUUGCUCGAAUGGAACCAGGAAAAACUCCUGCAGUGUCGCGACGAAGGGGAGGCCAUGCAACACUUGGCCGACUAUCUGAUGGGCGUUUUCAACGACGAGGGACGCGGUGCUAUUAGGAAUAAGACUUACGACGAACAAAAAAGAAGCAUUUCAAUCCAAACACUCAUAUACGAAUCAUACAGAAAGUAUGGCUUAUUGACAACAGGUCAGAUAGAAAGAAUGAGGCUCAAACAUCGCCUCAGAGUGGUGCAAGAUCUUGAGGAUACAUGCGAAAGAAACGUCAUAAGAUGUGUAAUAAGCGAUGGAUAUUUCACGCAACAAGAAUUACAAGAUCUUCUAGGUUUGGUUAGAGAAGAGAUAAUCCGCCAGAAGAAAACGAUACCCGAUAAGCACGAGCCCUCCCUGCAGCCUUACGAAGCCUACAAAAUCGACUUUGAGUUCUUUAAAUUGUUAUUUGCGUCACUAUCGCCGUGGGGUAGGGCUGAAUGCGCGGAAUAUUUGGCAGCAAGAAUAUUUAGGUUGAUGGACAAAAAUAGAGACGGCUACAUAGACUUCAAAGAGUUAGCUGCAGCUAUCGGCUUGACUACCUCGGCGGAUCCCGCUCAACGUUUGAAGCUGCUCUACACGGUGCAUCUGCCGCCGCUGCUGUGCAUGACCGACAUGCAAUCGCCCGCCAAAAACGAAUCCGGCGCCGAAAUCGCCUCGGAGGCCGAAGAUUUUUUUCAGAGCGCGGAGAAAAGCGUCGAUAGCUCGAGCUUGCAUUCCGAAGAAGCUGUGUCGCCUGGCGCCUGGCAAAAAUCCUUUGAAUCGCAAAUGUCGAACGAUUCGUGGUCGAGCCAGCAGAACGAUGGCGAGGUGAACUGGGAGGUUAAAAGCCUGACGAACUUGAGGAACCUUGUGCAAUCGAAAGAUAGCAAAAUUAAUCUUAAAUUUGUGCCGAAAAUGUCGCAACCUCAUUUUAUCACCCUCUGGAAAACUGUAUACGACAUUCUGCAGCCUGAACCAGAAGACUCGGACAUGUAUCAUUCAAUAGCAAAUGUUGGUACACUGCUUUUGCAGUUAGGUGACGUCGGAAAACAGUUUUUCAUUAACAGAGAUGAAUCAGAAGACAGUUUAGUUAAUGCAGCUACCGCCUGUGGGUCUGGUACUCUCUCUGACUGCUCCCCAGACAAAAAUGGAAACCCCUCCACUCCGAAAACGGAAAUUCAAUGGUACAUCACGAUACAACAGUUUUUGGCUUCAAUUUUGAAUGCCGAGCCGCUGGUAAACUUUUUCUCGCAAAGAUCCUCGAUAAGCGAAGACAUCAACAAAUUAAAAAGUCGAAGAUUUCAAAGAAUUAACUCGUUGUAUGAUGACGUGAAAGUUUAAAUUUUUUUGCAUUUAGGCGUUCUCUAAUUGAAUUUUGAAAGCGUUUAUUUUUAUUGUUUUUUAUAUAUUUGCAAAUCAUAAUUCUUUUAUCACUUUUUACUAAGUCAGCACUAUACAUAAAUUUUAUUAAAUCUUGGAAUUGUAAAAAACACCAUUAAAUUUUUACAAAUAACAAGUCUGUUGUUUAUUGUUUUAAGUAUAAGUAGGUAUAAAUAUUUAAAAAUGUGAUAGUGAUUUGUAAAACUUUAUAACCCAUAUGUCCCAAGUAUUUUUUAGAUACAAAUUGUUUAUUUUAUGCAAUUGGAACAUAUUUUUUAUAUUAAACUAACGUAAUUUCAUAUGUGCAAUAUUAUGGUUAGCAAUUCUAAGUUCAGUUUAUUAAUAAAUUUAUUAAGCACAUUUUUCUCAUCUUGGGCUGUUUUUUAUUUUAUUUUUUCUAUAUCCUGA